GUCUCGCAGCUCAACUCGUUCUUGAACGCCAGUCAGUACAUCGGGGUGUCGCCACUGCAGCCUAGACAUAAGCGCCCACCACCCAAUCAGCCGAAAACGUGCCCCGAGGACGACAGGUCCUGGUGGCCGAGAAAGGAGCACAAUUUAAGGUCCACCUGCCCAUGGACCUACACGACAGUUGAUCUGGGGGAGUCUUUCUAUCCAAGGUGGGUU